AUGGGUAAUCGUCAAAAGGGACAUAGUACUCCAGCAUGGGAAUUAGAUGCAAUAUCAAAUUUAGUUGGAAUACCACGAAAUCAACUGGAUCGCAUUUAUCGUGACUUUAAACGUGUUUCAAAAGAUUAUCUUUUAAACAAAUACGAAUUUCGUCGAAUUUAUAAAGACAUGCUUAAAUACAGUCCAUCAAAUGAUAAUCGAAGUGAUAAUCGAAUGAACAAUGCAUUUGCUGAUAAAAUAUUUAAUACAUUUGAUCAAGAUCGUUCAGGACGUUUAACAUUUGAUGAAUUUAUUUCUGCUUAUGUCAUGUUACAAAAUAAAAUUAAUCCACAAACAAGAUUAAAUUUUGUAUUAGACCAUUAUUCACACAACAAUGGUUAUAUAACGCCGAAUAUGGGACGAAGACUGGUGCAAGAUAUGAGUAAUUUAUAUAAUAUUAACACUGAUCCCAUGCAAGUGUGGAGAAGUUUAGAAACAAACGAUAUGAUUAACGGUCGAAUACCACAAGAAGCAUUUGUGAAUUAUUUUCUUCAACAUCCAGCCUAUUCAGCUGCACUUUAUAAUGGAAUACAAGUUCCAUUACCGCCACCAUCUCCAAUACUCUAA